AUGGUGUACAACGCCGUAUUUAUGACCUACCUCCUUCUCUCCAAUUUCGAGCUCAUCGGCGAGAAGGAAAGGUGGGCCGUAGAGCUAGUUGUGGACUUGUCCGUAUCCUACGAUUUGGACCUGGGUAGGAUUGACAUGUCUCGCGAUGUGUUUGGUAAAGUCCGCAUACUGCUACCUCAACUCUGUCUGCUGGCCGCACGGUAUGGGUACGAACAUACCGGGACGGAGGUCGAGUUCAAUGCCGCCCAUUCCCUCUUGUUGGCGAUUGUAAGACCUCUAGUCGACCAUUUAUGCGAACGGACCACCCCAAAGCCGUACGAGCACCGAGAAAUAAAGACUACUCUCUCGGACGCACACGACCUUCUCGACAUCCCGCUUCCCCAGCUCUGCGCACUAGUCCACCAAUGGUACUCGAACAACUUUGAACUCGUCUUGCAGACCGCUCCGCUACCGAGGAGCAACCAACCGCCAGCUUCCGAAGAGAACAAGACCAAGACCAAAAUUGUGAGAAUCCGGGGGCGGGAUCCAAAGGCGAAACGAUAUGGAUGGACGCCUACUCGGACUUGCGAAGACCCGAGUUUCGGAUCCGAAAAGUGCAAGGUAAGUUCGAUGCCAAGUUUAAAACCGAGAGAACGUCCCAGGCUCUUUCAAUUGAGUACCAACAUGCACAUAUCUCGGGAAGAACUCGCGAGGAGAGAAUGGCCGCUUUCGCCUGUCACGAUAUGCUCGGUGUCCAGCGAUAGCCAUGAUGGGCCCACGACUCCUUGUUCGCAGUGGGACGAUUCGUUUGGAUCCAACGCCGAUUCGAGGGACGUGCCUAGAAGUUUGUUUGGACAGACAUUGAAGAAAGGGUUCAAGGCCAUGUUUUUCUAG